AUGAAAUUGAACUCUAACCUAUUGAGCUUGGCCGCUUUGGCGGCUUUCCCCAGCAUGGCCAGUGCUGGUGUAGAUAGUUGUUCGGAGCAAGUGAAUUGUGUUAACUUCAGUGUCGAGAAGUUGGACACUGAUUCCUGUAGUCUAGGCGGGGAGUGUGCUGUAAAAGUCUGUAUGCAAGCCAACAGUGGUUUCAAUGGUUGUGACAAGAGCGGCUCUUUCAGCCACAUGUGUUACCAGACUGACGCCAAUGGUUGUCCUGCAUGGAACAGUGACGGUAGUCCUCUCAUGGGAGCUUCGGAUAGCGUAUCAUGCGCGGAUGGUUUCCUUGGAAAGUGUGCAGGCAGCAAUGUCAUGAUGUGUCUUGAGGGAAAGCCAGGUCAGACUCUUUACUGGGUACUCAAGGACGGAAACACGAAUGAUAAUCCAGGAGAAGACGUAACCUACACGAAGUCUUUCACUGUGAACGGUGCAGAUACCGGGUGUACCAGUAACGUUCGAUGCUUUAACGAAGAGUACAAUUGUGGCGCAAAGUAUAAUAAGGCUCAAGCACCGAAGGAGCGCACUUGGGCCUUCACCAUUCCAUCUUCUGAUGGAAGCUCUUGUGAUGUCUGUGGAUCAAGCCCACCUAGUCCUACUGCCCCUACACCAACCGCGCCUGUUCCUACCGCUACACCGCCUAUUGAACCUACCCCAACCGCGCCCACACCUACUGCGGAUAAUACUACGCCUACACCAGGAAGCAACGGAGAUCCUCACUUCAAGACCUGGAAGAACGAGCAUUUCGAAUACCACGGACAGUGUGACAUGGUCCUCACCAAGGACGCAAACUUUGCUGACGGGCUUGGUCUUGAUAUCCAAAUCCGUACCAAGAUGGUUCGCUUCUGGAGUUACAUUCGUAACGCUGCCGUUCGCAUCGGCCAUGAUGUGAUUGAAUUGGAAGGAUCUGAUGAUACUCAAGAUCAAUCCAUUCGUUUCUGGUACAACAUGGAGUUCAAGGCCAAGGAUGCCACCACGUUGGGUGGAUUCCCCAUGACCAUUCGCCGAUCGCACGAAAAGAUGACCAAGGUCAUUAUUGACUUGGACAGCAAGUACCCUGGAGUCAAGAUUAUCAUGGCCACCUACAAGGAAUUUGUCCGUGUCGAUGUUGAAGGUGCCACCGACGAAGCCUUUGCCAACACCGUUGGAUUGUUGGGUGAUUUCACCACUGGAAAGACUCUUGCUCGUGAUGGUUCCGCCAUUGAUAACUUCCGUGAAUACGGAAGCGAGUGGCAAGUCCGCCCAGGUGAGCACAUGCUCUUCCACAACACCGCAGAACCUCAAUUCCCCAAGAAGUGCUUGGAACCUGAGGAUCCCCGCGGAGAACGUCGUCGCCGUUUGGAAGAGUCUGAUAUCACCAUGGAGCAAGCUGAGAAAGCAUGCUCUGCCUUGAAGGAUGCCUUGGACCAAAAGGAUUGUGUCUAUGAUAUCUUGGCCACCCAAGAUAUGGACAUGGCUGGUGCCUUUUAA